AUGUCAAGUAGACAGGCUUUAAAUAAGUACCUGAAACUGGACUGCGGGGGGAAAUGCCAAGCAAUGUACGUUUGGAUCGACGGCACGGGCGAGCAUUUGCGAUCGAAGAGCCGGACUCUCGAUUCAGUUCCAAAGACAAUCGAGGAGCUCCCUGAAUGGAACUUUGACGGUUCAUCCACUGGCCAAGCAGAAGGUCGCAACUCCGAUUGCUUAUUAAAGCCUGUUCGCAUUUUCCCUGACCCUUUCCGAGGCGCCCCGCAUAUCCUCGUCUUGUCCUCUGUUCUGAACUAUGACCGCACUCCUGCAGAUACCAAUCACAGACAUUCUUGCUCAAAAACCAUGAAAAGAGUCGAAGAAGAGAAGCCUUGGUUUGGCAUGGAACAAGAAUGGACGAUGCUUGAUCUUGAUGGUCAUCCCUUCAGAUGGCCGAAGGGAGGAUAUCCGGGACCACAGGGACCUUACUAUUGCGCAGUUGGAACAAAUAACAUUUACGGCAGAGAUGUCGUUGAGGCGCACUACCGAGCGUGUCUCUACGCCGGCAUCCAGAUCUCUGGAACGAACGCAGAGGUAAUGCCAGCACAGUGGGAAUUUCAAGUCGGCCCUUGCGAGGGCAUCGAAAUGGGCGAUCAGCUUUGGAUGGCUCGAUAUUUGCUCUGCCGAGUUGCCGAAGACUUUGGCGUCGUUGUCAGCUUUGAUCCUAAACCAAUGAAGGGUGACUGGAACGGAGCCGGCUGCCACAUCAACUAUUCUACAGAGAAAAUGAGACAACCUGGAGGAAAAACGCACAUCAUUGACGCCAUCAAUAAGCUCGAGACAAGACACAAUUUGCAUAUGAAGGCGUACGAUCCACAAGGUGGUCGAGACAAUUUGCGCCGACUUACUGGGCAGCAUGAGACUUCAAGUGUGACAGAGUUCUCAUAUGGAACUGCAAACCGCGGCUGCUCGAUUCGAAUUCCGCGAAUGGUCGACGAGGUCGGAUUCGGAUACUUUGAGGAUCGACGACCAAGCUCAAACUGUGACCCUUACACAGUCACGGAUAUCAUGUGCAGAACGACUAUUCUUGAUGAAACUGGUGAUAUUGCCUUGGAAUACAGCGCCCCUGAAAUGAUCGACUUGAUGAACCGAGACUGCGUCAACACACGAAGCGAUCUUAAACUCUCGCAGACCGACCUUCAGGACUUGCAACGAAAAGCCGAAUCUCGUCUCUAA